AUGUCACCAUAUCGAUUGGUGUUUGGUAAGGCUUGUCAUCUACCGGUGGAAUUGGAGCAUAGAGCUUAUUGGGCUGUGAAAAAGUUAAAUGUUGAUCUCUUCAUGGCCGGGCAGAAUAGGCUUAUGGAGUUAAAUGUACUUGAGGAAUUCCGAAAUGAAGCCUAUGAGAAUGCGAAGAUAUAUAAGGAGAAAUCAAAGGCUUUUCAUGAUAAGAGAAUAUUAAGGAAGGAUUUUCAACCAGGGGAUAAAGUUUUUCUCUUUAAUUCUAGGCUUAAACUUUUUCCUGGUAAAUUGAAGUCGCGAUGGUCUGGACCGUACACGGUAGUCUUCUCACUUCCUUAUGGAGCAGUACAAGUUCAUAGUGAAAAGACGGGAGAUUUUAAGGUGAACGGACAGAGAUUGAAGCAUUACUUGGAGGGUCCGGUGGAGACAUGUAGGUCCGUGGUCGAGUUGGAACUGAUUUGA